GAGCCGCGUCCGUUAACAUCGACCUAACAGAUACUCGCAAAUAGCGACUUAAACACGGACAACCAGCGCGUAAAAAACCCUAGAUUCGUUUGUAAAAGCUGAAUUAGUGUGGAUUUGUUGAGGGAGGUGGAGCAGUGUUCGGUGUCGGUGGUUUGCGGGUGAUGUAUUCGAACCGUUUGAUAUAGCUAGCCGGCUAGCUAGCUGUUUGGCUAGCUAACUUCGGGUGAAGAGAAAACCGAGAGACUCGAUUUGAUAUUUCAGGCUCGUUGUGUGUCGGGUGCUUAAUUACCGCUAUAAAAAUAGACAUCAAAUCUGGUAAAUCAACGUUUUACGGGGUGGUAGUGCGUGUUCGCGUCGUCACGUCGGACUUCUUCAGGUUUGAAUGAAUUAGAAACGGCGUAGUGACUGACAUCCAGGAGAGGUUGACCUAAUUAGCUGACUAGCAUUCCUACUACAUGGUGUAGUUCACUGGAUCGUUCCUGUGCACCAAAAUCACUCCGUAUUUUAGCCUUUAGCAGCUUGAUUGCCAGCUUUAGCAGGCGAGCUAACGUAUAAACCCAAAGCAGUGCACCAGUGGACGUUAGCUGCUAGGCUAGCUCGGCUUUUCGCUUCCCAGCAGAACAUCGUUUCCAUCUGGAAGUGAUCAGAGGAGAAACGCAGAGAAGAUGCCGGCUGUGUCAAAGGGAGACGGGAUGCGCGGAUUAGCCGUGUUCAUUUCCGACAUCAGGAACUGCAAAAGUAAGGAGGCUGAAAUCAAGCGCAUUAACAAAGAGCUGGCCAACAUCCGCUCAAAGUUUAAAGGAGACAAGGCUCUGGACGGCUACAGCAAAAAGAAGUAUGUGUGCAAGCUGCUCUUCAUCUUCCUCCUGGGCCACGACAUCGACUUCGGCCACAUGGAGGCGGUCAACCUGCUCAGCUCCAAUAAAUACACCGAGAAGCAGAUAGGUUAUCUGUUCAUCUCAGUUCUGGUUAACAGCAACAGUGAGCUGAUCAGACUGAUCAACAACGCCAUAAAGAACGACCUGUCCAGCAGAAACCCCACCUUCAUGUGUCUGGCUCUGCACUGCAUCGCCAACGUGGGCAGCAGGGAGAUGGCAGAGGCCUUCGCCGGAGAGAUCCCUCGCAUUCUGGUGGCAGGGGACACGAUGGACAGCGUGAAACAGUCUGCUGCUCUGUGUUUGCUGCGUCUCUAUAAAACGUCUCCAGACCUGGUGCUGAUGGGAGAGUGGACCUCCAGGGUGGUGCAUUUGCUCAAUGAUCAGCACAUGGGUGUGGUCACUGCAGCCAUCUCCCUCAUCACCUGCCUCAGCCAGAAGAACCCCGACGAGUUCAAGACCUGUGUGUCCCUCGCGGUGUCCCGGCUCAGCAGGAUUGUAUCGUCAGCGUCCACCGACCUUCAGGACUACACCUACUACUUUGUCCCCGCUCCCUGGCUGUCCUGCAAGCUGCUGCGGCUCCUGCAGUGCUACCCUCCUCCAGAGGAUGGGGCCGUUAAGGGUCGCCUGGUGGAAUGUCUGGAGACCAUUCUGAACAAAGCACAGGAGCCUCCCAAAUCCAAGAAGGUCCAGCACUCCAACGCCAAGAACGCUAUCCUGUUCGAAGCCAUUGCUCUUAUUAUUCAUUAUGACAGUGAGCCGAACCUGCUGGUGCGGGCGUGCAACCAACUGGGCCAGUUCCUGCAGCACAGAGAGACCAACCUGCGCUACCUGGCCCUGGAGAGCAUGUGCACACUCGCCAGCUCGGAGUUCUCCCAUGAAGCCGUCAAAACACACAUCGAGACGGUCAUCAACGCCCUUAAGACCGAGCGGGACGUGAGCGUGCGCCAGCGAGCGGCCGACCUGCUCUACGCCAUGUGCGACCGCAGCAACGCCAAGCAGAUCGUGGCCGAAAUGCUGAGCUACCUGGAGACGGCAGACUACUCCAUCCGAGAGGAGAUGGUGCUGAAGGUGGCCAUCCUGGCCGAGAAGUACGCCGUGGACUACUCCUGGUACGUGGACACCAUUCUGAACCUGAUCCGCAUCGCUGGGGACUACGUGAGCGAGGAGGUGUGGUACCGCGUCAUCCAGAUCGUCAUCAACCGUGACGAUGUGCAGGGUUACGCAGCCAAGACCGUCUUCGAGGCCCUGCAGGCUCCGGCUUGCCAUGAGAACAUGGUGAAGGUUGGAGGUUACAUACUGGGAGAGUUCGGAAAUCUCAUUGCUGGUGACCCUCGCUCUAGUCCCCUGGUUCAGUUCAACCUGCUGCACUCCAAGUUUCACCUGUGUUCGGUACCCACGCGUGCUCUGCUCCUGUCUGCCUACAUCAAGUUUAUUAACCUGUUUCCCGAGACCAAGAGCACCAUCCAGGAGGUCCUGCGCUGCGACAGCCAGAUCAGGAACAGCGACGUGGAGCUCCAGCAGAGGGCUGUCGAGUACCUCAAACUCUCCUCUAUUGCGAGCACCGAUGUACUGGCCACAGUGCUGGAGGAGAUGCCUCCGUUCCCCGAGAGGGAGUCCUCCAUCUUGGCGAAGCUGAAGAAGAAGAAGGGACCUGGCGCGGUGUCUGGUGGCGAGCUGGAGGACGGAAAGAGAGAGGGAGGGGAGCUGAACGGAGGAGCAGAGCGGCCCGUGGACGGUUCAGCCAUCGCAGCAUCCAAUGCUUCCACUCCUUCUCCUUCGGCAGAUCUUCUCGGUCUUCGCUCCGCCGCUCCGGUUAGUGCCGCUCCACCCAUCGCAGGCAGCCUAUUGGUUGACGUCUUCUCAGAGGCGGGACCUGCUGCUCCCGCAACCGGGGUCAAUGAUGAUGGCUUUCUCAGCUCUGCUCCUCCUUCUGCGGCCCCUGAGGAUCCUGCUCCCGCUCUGCCCGAGUCAGAUGAACUUCUUAACAAGUUUGUGUGUAAGAAUAAUGGAGUUCUGUUUGAGAACCAGCUGCUUCAGAUUGGCAUUAAGUCAGAGUACCGGCAGAACCUUGGGCGGAUGUACUUGUUCUAUGGCAAUAAGACAUCAGUGCAAUUCGUCAACUUCACUACCACAGUUACCUGCCCAGGAGAACUUCAGUCUCAGCUGAAUGUUCAGUUGAAGCCCGUGGACCCGCUGGUGGAGGGCGGUGCUCAGGUGCAGCAGGUCAUCAACAUCGAGUGUCUGACUGACUUCUGUGAUGCACCGCUGCUCAACAUCAAGUUCAGGUAUGGUGGAGCUCUGCAGAACCUCUCGCUCAAGCUGCCGGUCACCAUCAACAAGUUCUUCCAGCCCACUGAGAUGGCCUCUCACGACUUCUUUCAGCGCUGGAAACAGCUUAGCCAGCCCCAACAAGAAGCACAAAAGAUCUUUAAGGCGAGCCACGGCAUGGACACAGAAGUCCUUAAAGCCAAGUUGCUGGGAUUGGGCACAGCCCUGCUGGAGAACGUGGAUCCGAACCCUGAGAAUUUUGUGUGUGCUGGCGUGGUCCAAACCAAGGCCCAGCAGGUGGGCUGUCUGCUGAGACUCGAACCCAAUGCACAAGCCCAGAUGUACCGGUUGACCCUGCGCAGCAGUAAGGACACUGUGGCCAAGCGUCUGUGUGAUCUGCUGGCGGAACAGUUCUAGAACGAUUCCUCUAGAACCUGUGCGUGGACCAUCACACUCUAGAAGUGAGACCAGACCAGCGUUCCACCCUACAGAACCCGGAACAAUCUCCAUUCGUACAUAAGGGAAAAGCGGCUGCCUGCCUGUGGCAGUUCUAUUAUUGUCCUAAAUCUGAUAAUUAUGAUUAUUAUUGUAUAUUAUCAUCAUCAUCAUCAUCAGCGCUACCGUUCUUGUUUUUAUCGGUGUUUACCUGUGUGUGUGUGUGUGUGAGAAACGAAACAAGCUGUGUGUCUGCCUGCGUGUGUGUGUGUGAGUUGUGAGUCCGUCCUGCCUGUUUACCUGUGCUUGUGUUGACAGUUGCUUUGUGUGGUGGUUCAUGAAUAGAAGAAGUGAGGGAUGGUUAAAGACUUGCUCGAGUGAUCGGUCCCUCUUUAUUUCUUCCUGCGGCACUUUGUGUUCUGCAACAUUUCAGCCUGUAAACAUUCCUGUAUGGACACAGACAUGCGCCCAUACACACACACACACACACACAUCACAAGCUGGUUUUGUUUUUAACAUUCCAUAGUAGCUAGUUCGGGCGGGACGGUGGGAUGGGGGGGGGGGGGGAGGUUGGAGCAGUUUAAAUACACUAAAGAAAUGGCACUUCAUUUAUAAGAAUCACUAAAUCUCAUGCCCCCUUUCCUCUACCUGCUUUCUGAAAGCUUGUCUCUGAGCCUGUUGUGAACUUGUCGGAUGGGUGGGUCUGAAACAGGUGGUGGUAAGUGUGUUUCCAUUAAUAGGGUCGUUGCAGAAGCCUCAAACUAUUAUUGUUUCUCAGAAUUGGAGAAGGUUUUAGAUGUCCAUCAUACAGUGGUUAAAGUGCUUGUGUCACCAAUUAAAUAUUAAAUGAAUAAUUAAAUCGUCAUAUUUUUAGAUGUCAAUGUUAGAGGUUUCUCGCCUCAGCGAAAAUGGUAAUUGAUUGUUGCUCUUUAAAAAGUUCCUUAACAUGUACAACUGGAUUUCAGACCAGACAUCCAUCAUGUAAUGAAUUCAAAUAUGUGUGUUUGUUCAAAUCAAAUUGUGCUGCAUUUUAAUGUUCUGCUCCUCCGAUGAAAAAGAAUCCAAGCAGAUUCAUUUGAAAAUCAAACAAUUACACGUCUCCCAGAGCAGAAUUUUCAUGUAGUGGAGAAUCGGUGGCAUGCUUAUGUGUAAGUGUUCUUGGGCUCGUCCCUGAGGUAGAAGAGUUAAAUCUCCACUCACACCAGUUUACAUCUUUACUGGUGAGAUUUCUACCUCAGACAGUGACGUUUUCAUUCUGCCUCACUCCUUACUCUGGAAAGCACAUGGUCAGAUAUCUGUCUGAAGCGUGAACCAGACAUGAUCAGAUGUGUGAGUUCACUAAUUCAGUAAAUGUGAUUAGUAACAAUCAUUCCACAGUCUACACUGAGAUCAUCAUACACCGUUAUGCUCAAGAUCCGGGAACAGCUAGUCCUUCGACUAUAACUGCAUCAAUAUAAUACUUUUUUUUCUCAAUAAUUCAAAUCUUACAUACAAAACUGGGCAUUUUAAUAGUGAUUAUGAUUGAAUGACUGUAUUUUGGUGCAGGAACCAAAUGCUGAACGGUUCCAGGGCAUCUUGUUGGUGGAAAAGGCCACAUUCCCAGAUUUUCCCAAAUCAAGUGCUGGCUGGUGCACUUCACAAGGCCUGACGAUAAAAGAGGCUCUCGUAGACCCGUUCUAGCCAGAGUGUCAUGAUUCCAUGUCUGAUUAUGACAACGUUUAUGAAGAAAUUUUAUAUAUAUGUAUACAUACGUAACUAUAUAUCAAAAUCCCGGUUUUGUUUGGUUUUUGAUAGUGAAAAUUUGUUUUUUGUGAACGUUUUUGUUCGUUUCUCUCUUUUUUAAUCAUUCCAUUAGAAUUUUUCAUUAUAUUAAUUAAACAGACUUUAAAUAUUAGGUAGGGAGAUGGAAGUGAUGACGGCAGACAGGGCGGAGGUGUCUGAUAGGCCAGUUUCUGCACUGCACAAGAAAAAUUUGUGAUAUUUAAAAUGAAUUCCAAGUAAUCUUUGAACCGAAUCUUUGUGCUGGUGCAUUUGUCCACAGUUUUUUUGCAAAGUGGCUGACGUAAUGACAUUAGUAUUUUCUUCCACACACUAGGUCAUCAUAAAUUUGGCACAGCGUAAGGUCUAAACAUGUCUAGCUAAUGAUUUUUUUAGUAUACAGGCGAGAAAAAAAUGCCAUCCGUUCCACUCCGCGAUCAAGACCAAUUUUGCCUUCUUAGACUCCCAGCAGUGGAGGUUAAAAUGAUCAUCUUCACACAACUAACUGCCUUUAUAGUUUACAUUAUGAUUUUUGGUCUGGCGUGUGUCUUGACCGUUUAUGGUUCAGUUAAAGACGUUCUGCUGACCCUCCAAAUGACACAGCUUUGAUCUUGAGCACAGAAGCGACUCAGAUUUGCCUCUAAAAUACACAUAGUUGUAUUCAUGCCUACACACAUUGCAUGUAUUCGUGCAGUUUAGUGAGUUGCAUCGUUGUGUUUCUGUGUUGCAGUUAAAUCUUGUAAAAAGCACUUAACCUGUGAACACUAGUGGAGAAAAGUGCAGGAUGAAGGCAGCCAUCACCUGUCAAACACAAAUACAGGGCCGGCGUCAGCAUUGUGAGGUGGUCGAGUGUGUAUGUUUGUAUGCUGUGUGUGUGUGGUAUUUCUGUUGAGAAAGAGAUGAGAUUUAUGAGGCAUUGUCAUAUUAGUUCAAUGAAGAGUCACUAUGCUUCCCUCGGUGCACGCGCUCGUGACACGUUGAUGGGAUAUUUUGUCAUUGUAGUGUAGAACCAUUGUCAUUGUGUGUGUGCGUGUGUGUCUAUGCAGUAUCCGCUAGCUAAUGCAGCCCCAGUGUAUCGGUGUUCAAUCUGUCAGAUACCUGUGUUAGAUGAAAAUUACUCUGUAUUGAAUAAUGUGAAAGUAAAACUAUGCCAUAUACUCCA